AUGUCUGAGAAAACGAACGACGAUCAAUAUGACACUUACGCUGAUAUCGAAGUAGUGAAAGUUCCAUUCGAUGUAGCUCAAUGCGAUGGUGAUCUUAUGUACACUUAUUUACCGAAUUGGUUAAAUAGUCUCACUGAUGAAGAAUUACGAACACCGCCCAUGUUACCAAAUGUCUUUCAACAAUAUAUUCGACGUUCUCAUUUAGAAGCAACUAUGGCAAACAGUGUUCGCAAAAUGGCUUUGAAUGAAGAUCGAUUAUUUACAGUUGAUGAUUUUGAAUUCGGUCGACCACUUGGUAAAGGAGCAUUCGGUAUUGUCUAUUUGGCUCGACUGAAGAAAACUAAGUUCAUCUGUGCAUUAAAAAUGCUUCAUAAAAGUAAAAUCAAUGAAUAUUCCAUGGCUGAACAAGUUAAAAUCGAAACCGAAUCAGGUUUUAAACUUAAUCAUCCAUUAAUUUUAACAAUGUACGAUGUAUUUCAUGAUGAAAAACGGUUUUAUUUCAUGCUUGAAUACGCACCUCAUGGACAAUUGUAUCGGUUCUUACAAAAAGUUCGUCGAUUUUCUGAUCGUCUCGCUGCUACUUAUAUCUAUCAAAUCUGUCACGCACUGGAAUACUGCCAUAGUAAAAGUAUCAUUCAUCGUGAUUUGAAACCGGAAAAUAUUCUUGUCGAUUGUUGCGGAAAUCUUAAAUUAGCAGAUUUCGGUUGGUCAACAAAGAUUCGUCACGCUGAUACAAUGAAUACAACCGCAUGUGGUACACUUGAUUACUUAGCACCGGAAAUCGUUGGUCAUAAACAAUAUCAAUACCAAGUGGAUAACUGGUGUGUUGGUGUACUUGCAUACGAACUUUUAGCUGGUCGUGCACCAUUUGAAGGCACAGAUGAUGAAACGAAAUCGAAAAUAGCAAGCAUCAAUUAUAAAUUUCCGGAUUAUUUUUCUCAAACGGCACGACGUUUUAUUGAUAAUCUUUUACAAAAAGAUCCGAAAAAACGAAUGUCACUUCUCGAUUGUAUUGCUCAUUCAUGGUUACAAAAGAAUGCCUACAAAUACAUGUUCGGUCCCUACAAAUGUCCGAUUUAUCAUAGCAUAUGUCAAUUUGUUAAUCAUGAUAUGUCAUCGUAA